ACUCCAGAUCACUUCUGCCCACUGAGAGUGAAGGAUCUUGCCAGAGAGUUCUGCAGUCCGUUUCAGUUCUGCAGAUUCCUCUUCUCUGCCGGAAAGAAUCCUCUACUCGUGGAGUGGUUCAGGCUCCAGGAUGUCCUCCUACAGAUGUCAAGAGAAGAGAGUACUGAAAAGCCAUGAUUGUGUCCUGCUCUACCAAUCCGAGACAGAGGGAGAUGAAAGCCCCACUUCGGACAGCAGCCUGCUCAGACUCACUACCAGCAUGCUGAAGGUGAAGAGGCUGGAGGAGAUCAGCUCUUGCCACAGCAGCAACCCUCUAGAGAAGGUGGCCUUUUUUCAGUGCAUGGAAGAGGUGGAGAAGGUGAAAUGCUUUCUGGAAGAGAGCUCUGGCGAUCUGGAUCUGCAGUCUGGAGACAACGAGGCUGAGGAAAAUGUGUGGUCCAACCCAGCACUGAAUGAACGGACAAUUGUCAAAGGUGGAAGGACAUCAGCCCUCACAGAGAGACCUGCACCGAAAGACCAGUUCUCAUCCGAGAAAGAAAAAGUUACCAAGCUCAACAAGAAAAAUGCUGAGAAGACCAGUGCCUCUGAAGUGCAGAGGAGCUGUGUCAUAUGUCAUAUGGAAAGACAGGACAAGGCAGAUUUUGUUCCAAGAAAUUCCACAGAGCUGAGAGAAAAUGCAGGUGGAAAAGACAGUCCAUGCAUUGAAAGUCUGGAGAGACCAGAAAGCAACAUCCUGGCAGAUAAACAAGACACUGAGGAUAAAAACGGAUGUCCGUUUUUCAAAGAUGGGCUUCCUUCUGAAGAACGAAGCAGAGGAACAGAAGCGGAGGACAGAGUUCCGACAGCUGCAAGUGAGACAGUGCCAGACAAACAUUCAACCGAGAAUCAGCACGUUGAUGAAAUGGAUGGCGGCCUGUGCCACGAGAGGUGCGUCAGUAAUCUAAAGGCCAUUUCUACACCAGGAAUCCUUGGAAAUUCGGCACCAGGGUCCACUUUCCAGAAUGCUGAACAAUCGGAGUCUCCCGGCAGCAGUAAGCGCAGAGUGGUGGAGGAGUGCUUCCUGAGCGAGGACAACAAAAAGAGCAAGAUAGAGGUCACCAGUGUGGGGGAGGAGCCCACAACUAGGACUGAAGAAACCAGACAAGCCAGGGGCCUGGGUGACAGGCCCCAGGAUGGAAUGACCUCCUCUAGAGACCAAGACCCGGAAGACCCACUGGAUGAUGUCUCCGCUCCCAUGGCUCCAUUUGAUCAUCGGAUUGUAAUGGCCAAACAUGCUGCCGUGGACAGUUUGUACACCGUGAGCAAAUCUGAGAUCUUAGGAGGGGGCCGUUUUGGCCAGGUUCACAAGUGUGAAGAGAAAGCAACUGGCCUGAAGCUGGCUGCGAAAAUCAUUAAGACUAGAGGUGUAAAGGACAAGGAUGACGUGAAGAAUGAGAUUAGCGUCAUGAACCAGCUGGACCACGUGAACCUCAUUCAGCUCUACGAUGCCUUUGAGUCCAAGCAUGACAUCGUCCUGGUCAUGGAGUAUGUGGAGGGUGGGGAGCUGUUUGAUCGUAUCAUUGAUGAAAACUGCAACUUGACAGAGCUGGACACCAUCGUAUUCAUGAAGCAGAUCUGUGAAGGGAUCCGGUACAUGCACCAGAAUUAUAUCCUCCACUUGGACCUCAAGCCUGAGAACAUCCUGUGUGUGAAUCGGGAUGCUAAGCAAAUAAAGAUUAUUGAUUUUGGAUUGGCCAGAAGAUACAAGCCCAGAGAGAAGCUGAAGGUGAACUUUGGAACUCCAGAAUUUCUUGCCCCUGAAGUUGUAAACUAUGAUUUUGUUUCCUUUCCUACGGAUAUGUGGAGUGUGGGCGUCAUCACAUAUAUGCUACUCAGUGGCUUGUCACCUUUUUUGGGCGAUAAUGACGCAGAGACACUGACCAAUAUCCUGGCAUGCAGGUGGGAUUUAGAAGACGAGGAAUUUCAGGACGUCUCAGAGGAGGCCAAGGAGUUCAUCUCUAAGCUCCUGAUUAAGGAGAAGAGUUGGAGAAUAAGUGCCAGCGAAGCCCUCAAGCACCCCUGGUUAUCAGACUACAAGCUCCACUCAAGACUGAGUGCACAGAAAAACUGCAGUUCUGCUGCUCAGAACCUCACGACCAAAUAACUCACAGAAGGAGCCUUAUUCAAAAGGAAAGCUGCUGCGGUUGCUGCUGCUUUGAGAAGGCUUUUGGAAAAAUCAGCAGUUCUGGUGCCUUGACCCCUGUGUUGACUGGCAGCCAUAGCCUGGGCAGCCUUGAACUUGAACUUGGAGAGGCUCUCUUGUGCUCAGUGGGUGACCCAGGGCUGCUCCCCAGGGGCUCAGGCAGAUGCCCACAUCCCACUCAGUGCACAGAGGGGGAGAUGUUUCUCUGCCUUCUCGGGUUCUUGCGCUUCGAUGUUUGCUUUUCGUUGUGGAUAUGUUAGUGGGGUAGCAGGCAUGCUGUGCUGUCUCUCAGAUGACCAGAGCAGUGCUUGAGAUGUGAAAGUCUGGACGAUGCAUCUGGAGAGAGAAAAUGGCCUCCAGCCAUUACACUGUGCUUCUUAGGGGGGCAAUUGUAUCACCAGCAACAUUCUAAGGUCUGGACACUUUGAUUUGCAUUUCUAUGUGGUCUGAAAUGGGGUGAAUUUGAUGCAUAAUUCGAUUGCUGGAACUUAAGGCUUCUAAGGCAAGAGCCAUCACAUAUAGCACCUUCCAUGUAUUCUGAAAUCUCUCUCUGUUUCUCUCUCUCUCUCUCAAGUGCAACAGUUUCUACCCAGUAGCUGAUUCCAUGUUCAGAUUCAUAACACACCGUUUUACAGAGUGUUCCUUGCUCUGGUCUACUGGGCAAGUUCAUCUCCCUUGAAUGCAUUGGUUUGAGGAAGAGUAUAUUUGUAGUUAGUCUUUAAAAUGACAACCUUAAAUAGACAGUCAAGAGCUUCCCUCAAGCCCUAGGUGACACCAGGAGGUGAUGGAUCUGUGCAUUCUGGGGAAAGACAAUGCUCAGCCUCCAGGGUUGGUGACUCGACAAUGGCUCUCCAGCUUCUGGGUAAACUGAAACGCUCAAAUGACCAAUAAUCAUAGCUAUACAAAUUCACAACUCUGCAAAUUCUCAUGGGGGUCAAUGUUUAUAAGGGCAAGGCAAAACUAAUUUUUGGGUUGCAAACUUUUUUUUUUGAGACAGAGUUUUAUUGUAUAACCGUGGCUGGCCUGGAACUUGCUGUGUAGGCCAGGCUGGCCACAAAUUCAGAGCUCUAACUGACAUCUGCUCCAGAGUAGAUAUAAGUACUAUUCCACUGACAUUCAGCCUCUCAUCUCCAAAUAGUCAUCGUAUUUAGUUCAGCAAAGCAAUGCCUUCUUUUUAGCCAUAAAUUGAUGUCACAAUUUAGCCAUAAAUCGAUGGGUAAGUAUAACCUAGUGGCCCAUGGCUAAUUGCCAAGCCCUCACAGCCAUCGGCAUGCCCACCAAUGACUAAUGCUCCUCAUAGUCUUUUCAUUCCCGACUCUGAAGAGAAGGGGAAGUAAGUGCCACUUAGUGAAGGCCAGUAUCCAUUUUAUUGUUGCGCUCGCCAUAAGCAUCUGCUUCUUCCUGCCAGCGUUCUUAUGCUGUGGCACGUCUUCCCUUCUUUUGGCCCUUGCAUUCAUCCAAGGUUGGUUUUAAUAUUCCUAUUAAAUGUUUCUUUCUUUCCUUCUUUCCUCCUCCUCCUCCUCCUUCUUUUAAAGAAAAGGCACACACACACACAGAAGCUGGGACGAGCAGGAGAAGUUCUGACUUCAAUGUUCUAUUACUGUGCUAUGCUUAGCUGAUGCUGUUCCCUGAGUAUGGGGGGAAAAACACAAGCCAGUUCAUGCAUUAAUUUUCCUUGACCACAGCAGGCUGGCUUUCACUCAAAUGCUAAAUGGGACACAAGAGUCUGGUUGGAAACCCUACAUAGAAGGGCAUUUUCAGUUCUGGGCAUGGACUCUCCUCCGGCCUGAGGAAGGGAUCUUAGGCAAGACAUGCAGCUUUCAUUCUAAACUCACAUUGGCUGGUCCUGUCACAUGUGGAAAGGACAGCUUAGGUCGCACACAGGCACAAUUUCUUGGCCACCUGAAUCCACACGAUGACCCCACAGCUAGUGGGCAUGAUGGCUUCAGUUUUUUCAGUUUUGUUUUUUCAAGGUUUAGAAAGGAGACUGCUUUGAGAGUGGAUCUUCCAAUGCGCAGUUAAGCUUGCACAUUUGGAUAGGAAGGCAGGUAGCCCCAUGCCAGCGGGAGCAUUUCAUAGGCGAGCUGAGAUGAGUUCCAUCACCAAGUUGACGACUACAGACUGAGUUACUGUGGUGCAGGAGAAGAUCAGUCUAGCUUUGCCUGGGGAGAUCAAACCAGAUGCCGGUGCAGACUCAGAAGUUGGGGCUGGCUGUUCUACAGCUCUUGUCAUCAACUUUUCCAAGGGGGGUGAUCGAGAUUUGGAGGGGCUGUAUUCUCCUCCACCCUCUUCAUGGACAAGAGGCUUUGUUCCACCGGAUGCUUGAAGCUGCCACUUUCUUCAGCUCAUGGAGGAGCACCAGCAAAUCUUGCUGUUCAGCAAGAAAUAGCCUGUAAGCAACUGUGGAGAGAGUGUGUCCAUGUUCAGAAUUUGGAAGACACCAACACUUAAUCAGAAUCAGUUGUUAUUUAAGAACAAGGAGAAAAAGGGCUCGUGCUCCCAUUUGCUUCAUUAAAAAUUUUUUGGAAGACAGCUUAGAGCAAAGCUUUACAGGUUAAAUUAGGUAACACAUAUGUGUUGAGAUCCAGGAGUUUAUUUUUGGUGGCUUUUUGUCCAAUUGAUACUAAUUUAUUUUCUUUCUUUAAAAUGUAAAUAGGCAUGUGUAAUUUGACGUUUUGAAGAAUAUGUGAAUAGUUAUGAAAAUUAGAAGAGUCAAUUUUUCUUGUUUUGGAAUAAAAAAAAAUGAAUUUUUAUACCAAGGAAAUGAGAGUUAUGCUCUUAAUUCAUUCCUUCUCCUCCUGCAUCCUUCUUGCUCCCUGUUACUCCCUCGCCUGGACAAGGGGUGCCAAUCUAUAUACAUGUGCUUUUUUAGUUUGGGCUCUGGGCCAGCUCGCUUGGAAAAUUUACUUGUAAAAGUAUAAGCAAGGAGGAGAGGCAGGGGCCUGUGGGCUGUGGAUGUUAGGCUCAGCUCUGCCAUCUCUGUGGGCCACACAGGCUGAAGCUCAGUGUUCAGUAUCUCCAGAGCGAAGACAUUGUGCUUUCUUUUUAAUUUUUUUCUUCACUUAUUCUUUUUCUUAAGUUAGAAUGUAGUCCAUCUUCUUCGUUAUGAUAUUCCUCUAAGAGCCAACCAACCUGUCUGCUUGCCUCCCUCUUUCUCACUUCCUUUCCUUUUUCUUUCCCUCCAUCCCCUCAUUCCUUCUUUUCUUUCUUCUUCUCUCCUUCUCUCCCUUCUUAUCUUCCUUCUGUCUUUCUUUCCAUUCUUCCUUCCUGCCUGCUAUCCACUUCCUCUCUCUCUUCCUUUCUCCUUCCCUACUUCCCUCUCUUCUCUCCUCUUUCUUCCUUAUUUCCUUCCUUCUUGCCUGCCUUCUCUUUCCUCCCUCCCCAUUCUUCUUUCCCUCCCUCCCUUCCUUUAUUCCUUUCUUUUAUUCUGGGAAUGGACCCCAGGACCUUACACACACUAGGCACAAGCUAUACCACCAAACUGCACAUCCACGCCUCCAUGAUCUUUUUGAGAAUAAAACUUAAUUUCCAAAUGGCAAAGUGCCUUCGGUGACACAAGAAAACAGAUGAGUGACACUGGGUUCCAGAUUCCAAUUAUGUCCUUCGGUAGCCUGAAAUCUUCAGUUUUUCAAAUUAGAAGCAUCACACAUGUCUUCUUGUCCUAUUUUGGUGAGGUGUUUCUGUAAGUGACCUAAAUAUGGAUAGUCUCAGCUUCCAUGAAGGCAUGGUUCCAUGGUUCUACAAGGCAACCACCCAUUCAAAAGAACAUAGGCAACCCCUGAGUGGAGAAACUGGACAUGCAUUUUGCUGUCACCCUAGCUGACAGAUGCCAAUGUGUCCUUCUGAAGAGGUUCAUUCAUGCAGAUCAAAUCUAAAAGUGGAUUGUGUGGUGACCGAAUAUGUCGUGUAUAUUUUUAUUUCUGAAUGUAGGAGGAAUAUCUGGCUGUAUUUCCUUGCCUUGUGAAGGUGUACUGUAAGCGAUAUAUGUGUGUUACAUUAAAGAACAAUAUCUUAUUUUCUUUGUUCUAAUUUAUCUUU